CUAAAACUAGCCAUUUCCUUGGGCAAGUUACAACCUUUCUCAUCUCUGUUUCCUCUUGUAAAUCCUUUCAUAAUAUGAUUGCUCUCCCAAGAGAUUGUUGUGAAGAUCAAAUGCCUGUGUGGGUUUGUAAUCUUUACCGAUACUACAAAUACUGAAAUUGCCAAGUAAUAAUGGCUUUAUAACAAAAAUUGUUUUUUUUUUAAACAGCCAGCCAGCUUUUUAAAAGUCAGCAUUUGGAGGAAUAGAAACAAAAAUUAUGAAAUAGGUUAAACUUCAUUUAAAAAAAAAUCUGUUGUAACUCUUAUCCUUAAUUCUCCCUCGUUUUCCACUUACUCAGUGUUAGGGUCUGCCACUAUUUCCUCAUGGUUUAAUCUGCAUAGACUGUCAUUACUAAUCCUGCCUUUCUGAAGUUUUUUUGUUUUUUAAAUGUGAAAUUCUUCUUAAUCCAGGCAAAGUCUGUCAUAUCGACUUACACAUUUUAAUUUUGUUUGGUAAUAUGUGCCUUUUUAAUAACAAUUAUUUUGUUGGGUCUUAUUGUAAAAUAAGUUGAAAACUAGAGAGUGCAAAUAAAUAAAAGUUUGUAUUUUUGUCUAACACUUUUAAAGCAUAUAUGUGUGUUUUUCCUGAAACAGGGAUCAUACAGUAUUUUCUUAAUUUUAGCUCAAACAUUCACAAGUCAUUUAAUAUUCUUGGAAAAAAUAUUUUAAUAUCUGCUUAACAUCUCAUAACUAUCAUAUUUUAAGUUCUUUCUCUUGGCAGAUGUUUGGGAUGUUUUGCUAGUAUAAAUUACAAAGAAUAGACAUAAAUCCUUGGGAAUUUCCCCCCUAGUUUUGUAGAAGAGAAUUACCGAGUCAGACAGUCUUUUGUUGUUGUUCUUAUUUUUAAGACUCUUGUAACAUCACCAAAUUACUUUCCAGAAUGUUGUAUAGAUAUACGCUUACAGUGGUAUGAGCAUGCCUCUUAUUACAUCUUUGUUUAUCACCCAGUAUUAGCUUUAAAAAGGAAAAACCUUUCUUUAAUUUUCAUUUAAAUCUUUUCUCUUUUCACUUAUGUCAGUGUGGGAUAUCUAUUUUAUUUCAUAACUUAUAAGGUGUUUGAGAAAAAAAAGGUAUUUCAUAUUGGACAUGCUGCAAAUCACUGUGGAUGCACAAUAUAUACCAUAUUUACCUUUAAUUUAUGAAAAGUCAAGAAGUUGUUUGCUUUUUUGACUUACUCAAUUUAAGAGUACAUUGUUAGUAAUAUAAUACUUGACUGAUUGAUUUGAGUUCCUUCAGGUGGGGCCUCACUGAUCUCAGUGUGAUUUAAUAGAUAAUCACAGUUAUCUAUUAAAAGGUCUAGUAGCUUUUCAUUGUCCAAUUGCUGUAUUCAAGUGCUUUAUCCAGUUUUGCUGCCAUUUAACAUAACUGGGAUUAUUUCUUUUCAUUUACUCAUUUGUCUGUCUUCUAUGGAACUAAAGAUUUCACUCUGAGCAUUCUAGUUUACUGUAGCCUUUGGUUUGGCAAAAAGGAUGCCUAGUGUCUAAAGUUUCCUGUUUUAUUAUUCAGAUUAUUGACAGUCCACCUGUUUUUAUAUGUUGCAUCCUUUACUGCUAUAGAUCUGCACAAAAAUCUUAUAUGUAACGUGUAGUUCUGUUUUCAUGAUCUUUCACGUAUUCAGUUAUUUCUUGUUCAUGUUCUUUAAAUUUGUAUUGUAUCAGAUGUUAGUCGAAGGAGGCAAGAAGCUGCUAUCUUCAGGUUUGGACUUGUAUUUAGGAUUGUUUAUUGAUUUGGUUCAUCAAGUUAUAAACAGCAAGGAAUGGAGCUGCUUACAAUACAAGUGUCAGCUAGUGGGGAAUUAGCAAGCAGUUAUUGACUUUAAAGCACAUCAUUUUUAUCUCUGCCUAUAGUUAUUAUUGCUUUGCAGUAUUAUAAUGGAAAAUUGUACAUAAUAAUAAUCCUGUGACAUAAUACAAUCCUAUAUUACUUUGUUAAACUUAGAAAGGUUUCCAGUAAUUAUCUGCAGGGAUCGCCAUGACCCCAGCUCUGAGGGAAGCAACAGCAAAGGGUAUCUGCUUUUCAUCUUUGCCAAGUAACAUGGAGUCUGACAAGAUGCUAUGCAUGGAAGGUCCAAGAACUGUAGAUGAAAAGCUAAAAGGAGACACUUUCUCUCAGAUGCUGGGAUUUCCAACUCCUGAACCUACUCUUAACACUAAUUUUGUGAAUUUAAAACAUUUUGGCUCCCCCCAGCCUUCAAAACAUUAUCAGACAGUUCUUUUAAUGAGUUCUAAUUCUACAUUAAAUAAAUACAAUGAGAAUUAUAAACAAAAGAAAUCAGGGGAGCCCAACUGCAAUAAGCUGAAAAACAUACUGUGUAAUGGCAGCAACAUUCAGCUCAGUAAAAUCUGCCAUUCUCAUUCUGAAGAAUUCAUCAAAAAGGAACCUCUAUCAGAUACCACAAGCCAGGGCAUGAAAGAUAUACAAAUUAUUUUGGAUUCAAAUCUAACCAAAGACACUACUAUAGAUAAAGUACAACUGCAAAAGUGUAAAUGGUACCAAAAGAAUGCACUUCUGGAUAAAGUUACUGAUGCUGAAAUUAAAAAGGGUUUAUUGCACUGUGUUCAAAAGAAAAUUGGACCUGGCUACUCAAAUGUGCCUAUUAAUUCCUCAGCUGCUGAGAAAGAGGAGGAAGUGAAUGCUCGUUUACUCCACUGUGUAAGCAAACAGAAAAUUUUACUUAGCCAGGCUAGAAGAACUCAGAAACAUUUGCAGAUGCUCCUGGCAAAGCAUGUUGUUAAGCACUAUGGUGAGCAAAUGAAAUUUUCUAUGAAACAUCAACUGCCCAAAAUGAAUCUCUCUCAUGAAUCUACCACAGUUUUGGAUAACAGUUUACCCAAAUGCACUGAAAUUAAGCCAGAAGUCAACAUGUUGACUGCAGAGAAUAAAUUGUGGGAUGAUACAAAAAAUGGCUUUGCUCGGUGUACAGCUGCAGAAAUCCAAAGAUUUGCACUGUCUGCUACAGGGCUGUUGUCUCAUGUUGAAGAGGGUCUGGAUUCUGAUGCAACUGAUAGCAGCUCUGAUGACGAUUUGGAUGAAUAUACCAUUAGAAAAAAUGUGGCAGUUAACUGUAGUACUGAAUGGAAGUGGCUUGUAGACAGAGCAAGAGUUGGCAGCAGAUGGACUUGGCUUCAAGCCCAGAUUUCAGAGUUAGAAUACAAAAUUCAACAACUUACAGACGUUCACAGGCAAAUCCGAGCCUCCAAGGAAACCUCAGAUAUAUUUUCUGGAAUAGUGAUCCUAGAAGAAUGUCAGCUUCCAAAAGACAUUUUGAAAAAACAAAUAGAAUUUGCUGAUCAAGCAGCUUCAUUAAAUACUACAGGGAAUCCUCAGGUUCCCCAAGGGAAUCAAGAUCCUUUACCAGAACAGGAUUUUGAGAUGUCACCAAGCAGCCCUACCCUACUUCUUCGAAACAUAGAAAAACAGAGUGCACAGUUAACUGAAAUCAUCAACAGUUUGAUUGCCCCUCUCAACUUGUCUCCAACUUCAUCACCACUCUCCUCUAAAUCCUGCAGCCAUAAAUGUCUGGCUAAUGGCAUUUCUAGGAGUGCUUCAGAGAAUUUAGAUGAGCUCUCUUCCUCCAGUAGCUGGUUACUUAAUCAGAAGCACAGUAAGAAAAGGAGAAAAGACAGGACAAGAUUGAAAUCUCCAUCCUUGGCUAUCAUGAGUACAGCAGCCCGAACAAGGCCACUUCAGAGUUUCCACAAACGAAAACUCUACAGAUUGAGCCCCACUUUUUAUUGGACUCCACAGACUCUGCCUUCAAAAGAAACAUUUUUAAACACUACACAAAUGUCUUGCCUACAAUCAACUUCAGCUUGGAGUAACUGUGAACAUAAUUCAAAAUCUCAGAUAUUAAGAGAGCAUGUUUCAGAGUUAGAUUCUUCUUUCCAUUCUGUUCUAUCAUUACCAUCAGAUGUGCCUCUUCAUUUUCAUUUUGAAACAUUAUUUAAAAAGACUGAAAUAAAAGGAGAUCUUGCUGAAAAUAAAACUGUGGGCGACUGUAUCAUGUCACCAUCACCUGUACACAGUACUUCUCUGAAUCAGUGGAGUAAUGGAUAUUCACCUACAUGUAAGCCUCAAAUAAAGUCAGAGUCGUCUGCACAAUUGUUUCAGGGAAGAAAGAAAAGACAUUUGAGUGAAACAGCAUUAGGAGAAAAAAAUAGAUUUGAAGAAUUUGCUUUUCAACGCACAGAACCAGGAUCCCAUUGUAAUUUCACUACCAUCUCUAAUGUCAAUGUUAUAUCAAGAACACAGAAUUCAUCAGCACAAAGUACAGCACGAAGGAGGUUAAGAAGUGAGAGCUCUUAUGAUAUAGAUAACAUUGUGAUUCCCAUGUCUUUAGUAGCCCCAGCUAAGUUAGAGAAACUCCAAUAUAAGGAAAUUAUCACUCCAAGCUGGAGGAUGGUUGUUCUUCAGCCUUUGGAUGAAUAUAACUUAGGUGAAGAAGAGAUAGAAGAUCUUUCUGAUGAAGUCUUCUCCCUAAGACACAAAAAAUAUGAAGAGAGAGAGCAAGCCAGGUGGUCACUAUGGGAACAAAGCAAAUGGCAUAGAAGAAACAGUAGGGCUUACAGUAAAAAUGUUGAAGGACAGGACUUUCUUUUGAAAGAAUGCCCUAAUGACUUCAGUAGCAGUCAGCAAUGUGCUGCUGAAAGUCCUCCUGAUCUUCCUUCAGAGCACCAUGAUCUCUAUGCACAUGGCUCACCCUUAAAUGAAAAUCAAGAAAUCACAUCUUUGUGGUGGGAACGACGGUCUUUUCCACUGAAGGAUGAAGAUACAGCAGCUUUAUUAUGCCACGAGGAUAAAAACAAUCAGACUGAGGUGUCAAGCACAGCUUUCCAUGCUGAAGUCGUCUGUACCAGCGCACCAGAGAAUGGCCACCCCAAAAAACAGCUAGGUGGAACAGAAGAGUAUAAAGCCUUUGGUCUAGGAAUUACUAAUGUUAAAAAAAAUAGGUGACAGGCAACAGGUGAAGAAAAUGAUGUAACUGAAGGGAAGUCAGGAGGGGAAAAAAAAUAGCCCUGUUCUGGAUCUCCCAUCCACCUCUGGUCAUACUUCCAGAAUAACAGAAUGUACUGCAUGUAUUUACCUUUCAUGCUGUUUAUGGGGAACAGGCAAGAUUGUUUCUUUACCUUCUUGAACCACAGAAGUAGCUAGCUUUUCACCUAUAGACAAAUGCUAGGCAUCUGUGUUUAUCAUAUAAAUUACAAGCACCAAGAUAUUAACUGCUGCAAUUUGAUGUCAAAUGACAUUAUUGGCUAAUUUUUAACAUCACAAACAUACACACUCACCCUUACAUUAAAUGAGAGCUAUUUUCUUUCCUAUUCACAUGGUAAUUCACUAAAAUUGCCUCAAAAUAUAUUAAUAUACAAAUAUACAUAUAGAAUGUGCGCGCACGCGCGGGGUUUUCAAAUUACACUGGCAGUGACCCACUCCACUUUAAACUGCAUGUACCAACUUGCCCUAUGAAAUGUAAGCUGCAAUAAAUAUAAAGCACGUGUUUCCUCUGAUUUAAAAAAAAAAAAUUUUUUUUUUUAAAGUCUUGGCUAUGGAGAGGGAGUUAUUUUUGUUUUUUAACAUGUUUAACAAAAAGAAGUUAUUUAUGGAAAUUCUUAUCCCAGAUAAUAAAAUACUCAAUUUAUUUAAAAUCAAUGAUAUCUGUUGGACUGACAGCAGGCUACUUUCUGUUACUCCUAACAGAAUUGAGACAAGCAAAUUAGUUAUAUAUGGGUGCACUUUAAAAUUAUACAUCUUUGAAAACACCAACUUAAAAUGUGCAAUAAACAGGAAAAUCCUUCAUUAUAAAAUUUAAACAAUGGUUUAAUUCUAGUCUAGAAAUACUGUUAUAUUUCUAACUAAUUUGAUCCUUCUUUGUCAUAGCCUAGUCAAAUGUCUAUUCUGACUUGCAUCCUAGAUUUCGAAUUAGAACUUCUCAGACGCCAAUACUUCAAUAUUUGAUACUGAGAUUGCACAUUUUGAGGCUAUUCUACUAUAUUUUUUCCUAUGUGAAAUAUGAGGACAAUUUGUAUGAGUCACUUGGUCAUGUAAAAUGGUUAUUCAAGUUAUAACACUCAUCUAACUGAAAUCCUGACUAUUUGGCCUAGACUAUGAAAUUUGACACAAAGUUUUUGUUUAGGAAUGGAAAUUAUACUGGUCCCUAUAAAAGGGGAUAAAAUUCAAAUUCAAUACUGACAAAACUUCUUGUAGUUUCACUGUAUUUAUUCUUAAAGAGAAAAAAAAAAAAGCCUGACAUACAAGUUGUCCUGGCAAAAAAAAU